CCCCCCCCCCCCCAGACAUCUCAGCAUAGCAGGCGCCCACAGCAAAGCUGUUGCUUCUCUCUUUCCUAACAAAGUGCUUUUGUUCCCACCAUGCACAUAACUCAGCUUAACCGGGAGUGUCUUUUACAUUUAUUUUCCUUCCUGGACAAGGACAGCAGGAAGAAUUUAGCAAAGACUUGCUCUCAAUUGUGGGAUGUGUUUCUUGAUCCUUUGCUCUGGCCGCUGCUGCAUUUCAAUUCUCUCAUGGAACUGAAAAAGGAUAACUUCCUCUUGGGCCCUGCUUUAAGGUGCUUGUCGAUUUGCUGGCAUUCGAGCCAAGUAAAGGUAUGCAACGUUGAAGACUGGAUGAAAAAUGCCUUGCAGAAAGGUGUAUGCAGCACUCACGAGCGCCUCGCCACUGACUUUUUAGUCAAAGUUUGCCACAGGUGUCCCAAUCUCCUGUCCUUGACACUCUCCGGCUGUGGCCAUGUCACUGAUGAGUGUAUCGCAUUAUUGCUUCAGAGUUGCCCCAACCUCCACACCCUCAAACUGGAAAACUGUGUCCGGAUCACCAACCGGACGCUGGCUGCCGUAACCACCCACGGGCGCUCUCUGAGGACCCUUCACGUGGAUUUCUGUCGCAACGUGAGCCAGUCGGGUCUGCGGCGGGUCAGAGACCAGUGUCCUUGGCUAGUUCUGAAAGCAGAGAGAAGUGCAGACAUGAUCCCAGACAUGCUCCCUGAGGAAAAGUUCAUCCAAGACAGGACGGCCAGAAAACUCUGAGAGAGACUCCGGAGGCCUCCACCCCUGGCUCGGAGGUGAAACCUUCUCAUGGUGGCUUUGAAGUCUGAAAUGAUUCCUCAUGUUGUAGGCAAGUUUUUGCCACUUGGAAUAAGAGUCGAGGAAAUGAUGACAAAGGUAUAUUUUCUGCUGCUAAGACUGGGCCCAAGAGUGGUGCCACCUGAACCUGGAUCAGAGAGUAGCUGAAGCAAAGAGAUGGUCCAUCCCCCCAGAGGAAUUUAGUCCUUUCAAUCCUCAACACUUCAGAGUAGCUCUGAAUCCCUUGGCAAGUCCUAACUUCUUGGUCCUCAAGUUUUUUCAUCUAUAAAGCAAGAAUUUUGAACUAGAUAGUCUGGAAGGUCUCUUCCAACUAGAACCAUCUGAUUUCCUUCUUAAUUUGCAUCCUAAGACUAACUUCGUAAAGGAAAAGCAUUUUGCUUCACAAGCUUUUCCUGAACGUUCUUCUCUUAAACAACAGACACAAACAUGCUAAAAUUUGCAAAGGGUUUUACACAUAUUUCCUUUGAACCAUUUAAACCAGCAGCUCUCUGAGGUAAAAUAAUAUAUUGUUAUUCCCUUUUAUGGAGGAAGCACCUGAAGCACAGAGUAUAUAGUGACUUGUCCACUUAAACGAAGAAGAACAGGUUAAAGCGAUGCCUUAUUUAGUGAGAACUGACCCAGUGUGAAGUUCCAAAGUUCUUACCACAUUUUGGUGAGCUUGGAGUUAUAAUACAUGAUUCCUGACUUUAUUCAAUGCUAUUCAUAAUUCUCAAGGCUGUCCCACAAUUAUUUGUUAAAGCUGCCCCUGGUCUCAGUUCAUCAGAACCCAACCCCAGUCCCCCUGGUGAGUAUGAUGGGACCAUUAUAUGGCUUUUGGGAAGCUUGGACAUCCCAGAAAAUGCUUCACUUUUGGGUAAACUCUAAGGCUUAGAGUCAGGGGUCCUCAAACUACAGCCCGUGGGCCAGAUGCGGCAGCUGAGGAUGAUUAUCCCCCUCACUCAGGGCU